CCCGACCCGAGCCAUCCCACUCCAGCAUCCAGACCCGAGCCAUUCCCCGAGCAGCCAAGCCACACGCACACGCACGCGCACCCGCACGGAAACCCUAGCUCCCGCGGCGCACCUACCGCAGGCGUACAGUCAGUCGGUCGGCCGCGAGAGUCUGCCGGCGGAUGGUGUCGAUGAGCACGACGCCCAAGCCGCUCGAGGCCGGGGCGGCGGCGGCCGCCGUGGGGGGAGGCGGAGGGGACGGAGGGGGAGGGGGAGGCGGGAAGGGGAAGGAGCAGCAGCAGGUGGUGCCGGUGGCCGCGGGGCCGCCGAUGGCCGUGCCGGCGGACGCGGCGGCGGCGGCGGAGGACGCCAGGAUGAAGGUCAGGAAGCCCUACACCAUCACCAAGUCCCGGGAGAGCUGGACCGAGCCCGAGCACGACAAGUUCCUCGAGGCCCUGCAGCUGUUUGAUCGUGAUUGGAAAAAGAUAGAAGCAUUUGUUGGCUCAAAAACUGUGAUACAGAUAAGGAGCCAUGCACAGAAGUACUUUUUGAAGGUUCAAAAGAACGGUACAGGCGAACAUUUACCACCGCCUCGGCCGAAGCGUAAGGCAGCACAUCCAUAUCCGCAGAAGGCCUCUAAAACUGCCCCUGUAGCACCCCAAGCUGUUUUAUCACAACAACCUGCUCCUCCUCCCCCUCCUCCGAGGGAGCAAGAUGGUGUUGAUGUGUCUAUGGAUGCAUCUAUGGUUGUACCAAACACAAAUGCAAAUGCGGUGGUGCCUUCCUGGGACAAUGCUCUUGUUCAACCUACACAAGUUACAAGUGCCAUUGCCACAAAUAACUGCUCUAGUAGUAUAGAGAGCCAAUCUGGAACAUGGCCAACCUCUGAAGCAGUUGAACAAGAAAAUGUGCUGCCACAAAUGCGGGCUAUGCCAGAUUUUUCACAAGUAUACAACUUCCUGGGAAGUGUAUUCGAUCCAGAUACAACUGGACAUUUGCAGAGGUUAAAGGCAAUGGAUCCUAUUGAUGUGGAAACGGUACUACUGCUCAUGCGAAAUCUAUCGGUGAACUUGAUUAACCCAGAAUUUGAGGCCCAUAGGCAGUUGCUCUCGUCGUAUGGUUCUGGUGGAGACGAAAAUAAACCUGAAGGCAUGGAAAAUUUCGGGUCCCAGAGUAGCCAUCUCCCAUCCAUGGUAACGAGUGAGUGAGCGAACAUCAGCCAUUCACCAUGGCAGCUUCAGUUGUUUCCGAGAGACGCUUGUGUUCUCCUUGUAUUGGUCCUGUCGGCGUCUAGUCUGGCUAUUUAUGAAUGUUGGUUGGGGCAGUGACAUUUGUACAGCUUCCGAAAUGGUGCUCUAACCCUAGGCUAGGGUUGCUUACCAAGUUGGUGUAGAUAGCCAGUUUUGCGUGCUCAAGCAAUUCUUUUCCCUAGGGCGGGGCAUAGCUCAAGAUGGUUCUUGUAUGUAUACACCGAUAAGUAUGCGCUUGUGGAUGUACAUAUGUGUUAUUGUGUAAACGUUUGAGAUACUGCGAGUAUCCUAUCAAGGCAAAUAAUAAGCUGAAUAAUAAAUCCAGCUUGGCGUAUUCUCCA